AUGAGCACAAAGGUAAAGUAUCCAGUAGUUGAACAGGUUUCAAAAAUUCUUCACAGAAAUAUUUUUUCAUAUUAUCUGAAAGAAUUAGCCCAGUUUGAUAAAGAAAAACACGAUGCACAGAUGAAACAGUUUUAUAACUAUAUAUCGAGUAAAAUAACCGAUACCCGAGCCGAAAAGAAACGUCCAAAUAAAAAGAAACUACCAAAGGUAAAUCCGGUGGAAAGCAGUGACACUGAAGAUAUUUCAGACAUUGAGGAAGAUACCAUAGCCUCAAAUGGAGAGGAAGAUAGCCCUGUGGAAAAAGUCUGAUAGAUUCAAAUAAAAAAACGAUAUUCGAUGGGAUGUAAUCAUAAACUAUUGUGUUUUUGAAACAGCAAUUCCAAAUACAUACAGAUUGACAGGAAAACUAUGAUU